UCUUGGAAACUAAGCUGCAGUCGACUGAUGCAACAAACCCAGGGGUUUCCCAAGAGCUUUCGGGUACGUAAACUGAAAAGGGGUGAUCUGUCUCAGCUUGAAAAUCUCCCAUGGCCAGGAGCCUGAGUACACAAGCUGCCUGCACUCGCGGGGUCCCGAGGAAGGGGAGGAUGAUGGGAGAAGAGGAACUACAAGCCCCAGCAUGCAGUGCACACUCCGGCUCCUGGAAAGAGGGCCUCGGUGAGGUGCAGCCCAACCGCGGACCGUCGGAGAGAUGCCGACGGCCGACCACAAUGUUCAGAAUGAGGAGGACAAGCGCGGCGCUGUGUACAAGGCUUAAGUCCCAUAUUCAUGACGUUUGCGGUUUCGCCGGGGCCCUAGUAUGCUGAGGAGCGGAAUUUCCGGACCACACUGGCGGGUCCUCGCCGGGCUCGGACCUCCACAGUCCCAGAGCCUCCUGCGUUUCCAUGGGACGCCCGGGCCGGAUAUGAUGUCUUCGUAGAGAAAGAAGGAAGAGGCGGAGCAGGGGGCGGUGACGUCCUUCCAAGAUGGCGGAGAGAGCGUGAAGAAACUGUUCCCUUUGGUUUGCUCUAGAACAAGGGUAAAAUUCCAUUCUGAUACCAAAAUGCAGUAUUCGCACCACUGUGAGCACCUUUUAGAGAGACUGAACAAACAGCGGGAAGCAGGUUUUCUUUGUGACUGCACUGUAGUGAUUGGGGAAUUCCAGUUUAAAGCUCAUAGGAAUGUGCUUGCCUCAUUUAGUGAGUAUUUUGGUGCAGUCUACAGAAGCACUUCUGAGAACAAUGUCUUCCUUGAUCAGAGUCAGGUGAAGGCUGAUGGAUUUCAGAAACUGUUGGAGUUCAUAUACACAGGAACUUUAAAUCUUGACAGUUGGAAUGUUAAAGAAAUUCACCAGGCUGCUGACUAUCUCAAGGUGGAAGAGGUGGUCACUAAAUGUAAAAUAAAGAUGGAAGAUUUUGCUUUUAUUGCUAAUCCCUCUUCUACAGAAAUAUCUAGUAUUACUGGAAACAUUGAAUUGAAUCAACAGACUUGUCUCCUUACUCUACGAGAUUAUAACAGUCGGGAAAAAUCAGAAGUGUCUACAGAUUUAGUUCAGGCCAAUCCUAAACAAGGGGCUUUAGCAAAGAAGUCAUCUCAAACUAAAAAGAAGAAGAAGGCCUUCCACUCCCAGAAAACAGGACAGAAUAAAACAGUGCAAUAUCCCAGUGACAUUUUAGAGAACGCGUCUGUUGAAUUAUUCUUAGAUGCAAAUAAAGUAUCCACACCUGUAAUAGAUCAAGUUUCACAAAGAAAUGAUAAUUCAGAACUCGAGUUGACAUCAGUUGUGGAAAAUACUUUUCCAGCACAAGAUAUUGUGCAGACUGUUACAGUGAAACGGAAACGUGGAAAAUCACAACCCAACUGUGCUCUGAAGGAACACUCUAUGUCUAACAUAGCCAGUGUCAAGAAUUCUUACGAGCUGGAGAGCUCUGGGGAAGAGCUGGAUCAGAGGUAUUCCAAGGCCAAGCCAAUGUGUAACACAUGUGGGAAAGUGUUCUCAGAAGCCAGCAGCUUGAGAAGGCAUAUGAGAAUACAUAAAGGAGUUAAACCUUAUGUUUGCCACUUGUGUGGAAAGGCAUUUACCCAGUGUAACCAGCUGAAAACACAUGUAAGAACUCAUACAGGUGAGAAGCCAUACAAAUGUGAAUUGUGUGAUAAAGGAUUUGCUCAGAAAUGCCAGCUGGUCUUCCAUAGUCGUAUGCAUCAUGGUGAGGAAAAACCUUAUAAAUGUGAUGUAUGCAAUUUACAGUUUGCAACUUCUAGCAAUCUCAAGAUUCAUGCAAGGAAGCAUAGUGGAGAGAAGCCAUAUGUCUGUGAUAGGUGUGGACAGAGAUUUGCUCAAGCCAGCACACUGACCUAUCAUGUUCGUAGGCAUACUGGAGAAAAGCCUUAUGUGUGUGAUACUUGUGGGAAGGCAUUUGCUGUCUCUAGUUCUCUUAUCACUCAUUCUCGAAAACAUACAGGUGAAAAACCAUACAUAUGUGGUAUUUGUGGGAAAAGUUUUAUUUCCUCAGGAGAGCUCAACAAACACUUUCGAUCCCAUACAGGAGAAAGGCCAUUUAUCUGCGAAUUAUGUGGAAAUUCUUACACAGAUAUUAAAAAUUUAAAGAAGCACAAAACAAAAGUCCAUUCCGGUGCAGAUAAAGUUCUGGAUUCUAGUAUAGAGGAUCAUCCCUUGAGUGAACAAGAUUCUAUACAAAAAAGUCCGUUAUCAGAAACAUUGGAUGUGAAACCUUCUGAUAUGACUUUACCACUAUCUCUUCCACUUGGAACUGAGGACCACCACAUCCUUCUGCCUGUCACAGAUAAUCAGUCUCCUACAUCAGAUACAUUGUUGAGAUCAACUGUGAAUGGGUAUUCAGAACCACAGUUGAUUUUUUUACAGCAAUUAUACUGACUUUGUGAGGAAUGUGGAAUUGCUAAGACGUCUCUGGUAGUAAACAUAAACAUCUCUGGUAAGGUGCAUAUAUUCAUAUUAAAUUACCAUUCAUUUGAGUUGUGACCAUUAUUUUUCAUUCACUGAAGUAAACACCUGAUGCUGCAUCGUAACUGCAACGCUUGUUUUGAUUUUUGGCUUUUAUGUCUAGAUUAUAAACAUAGCGUGUUAAGGAGUGAAUUAUACUGUAGUAGUACUGUUUUGGAUGGGCAAGUUAUAUUUUCUUUUAGAGCUGCCUUAAUUCAUUUUUAUUUUGCAUUUUUAAAUUGCCUUUCAUUUAUUGAAGUGGAAUCUUUCCAUUUAUAUGAGUCAGUUUUGACCUGUGGGAUUUUUUAGUUUUUUUUCCCCUCAAAAUUUAAGCAAAAUCCAGAAUAGUAUCCGGCCAAGAGUGUUGCUGUUACCAAGCCCCAUAGAUCAAUACAUAAACUCUGGGGGGAAAGUAAAUUUUCAUAUUUCUACUUAAGAGAGUUUAGGUACUGAACGACUUGUGCUAUUUAAUAUAUUCCAUUGGAGGUAACUUUUCUAGUGAAUUUUCUAAAGUGUUUUUCUUAAAAGCUAGAAAACUGUAUGUACAUUUUUGUUCUUUUAGAAUUCAGUAUUCUGGAGAAAAGCAAGCAUCAGUACUUUCGACUUAAUAACUGAGUUAUCCUAGACUACUUUUGCAAAAUGAGUUUUGAAUAGAUCAUUUGAUUUUUUUACCUUGUUAAAAGACAGUUUCAAAAUGUGAUUCAGGUUAUGUUUUAAUAGGUUUCUAGAUUACUGGUGAUGAGGAAAAUACUGAGUUUUGAAAAUUUUUGAUAAGCCUCUCUUACACCUGUUAUAAUCUUUUUAAAAUAUUAAGCUCUAAGAAGAAUUUUUUAAAUAUAAAUUUAAUGCAUACUCUAAAUCACUUGGCCUCUGAAUUGACACAUUAUAAUUACAUAGAGAGUUAAGAAACCAGCUUCAAUUAUAAGUGAACAUUUGAGUUAUCAGAAAGCCAGUUUAUUAACUAUUUUAUAUUUAAGUUUUCUGUAAGUUUUGAGUUUUAAAAUUUUAUAAAUUAAACCAUAACAUUUGCCUAUUGUCUUAAUUUCACAGUAGUCUUGUUUCCUUCCUGCUGAAUGUAGAAAAUAGAAUAUCAUUCUGAUAUUCACUACCAGUCUUCCCCAUUCCACUUUUCCCACAUAAUUGAUUUAUUUUACUGCCUAGUCUUUGGACAUUAAAUUAUCAGUUCCACAGAGUCAAUUCCUAUACUGCUGAUCAAACACCAUGGUGACAUUAUUUCUUAUUUCUGCCAUUGCUUUAGCUGUGGCUUAUUUGUUUUCUGACUUUAAACUACACCUAUAAUAAAUUUAAUGUGGGGUUUUGGGUAUUGAUUUCUUUAAUUGUAUUUUCUCUGGCAUCCUAGUCAGAGGAGCCAACUAGAAGAGGAUAUAGUAAAACUCUUUAAUUCUGUGGAGAUUGUCACCAUUUCCCAGCACAGUCAGCAUUUAACAGUGGAUUGCUACCAGUAGGACUGACUUAACUGAAUAGACUUUGAACUGUUGCCUUUGUAUAAUAGACAUCAAGCUUAGUAUUUAAUAAUUUAUCUAAGAAAUCUAAUUAUGCUUGUGUAUUAAUAUACUGGUUUAAAUACAAUUUACAAAGUUACAAAAUGUUCAACUAAUCUAUUCUGGCUUAAAUUCAAUAGGAAUUUAUUGGAAUGUGAAGAAAUUAAAGAAAAUUAAAAGACUAAGCCUCUUUAAGAAGUCUGCUGAAAUGGAGAGGUUAUAUUUAAUUCACAUCUUCAUUAAUCCAAGCAUCUAAUGAAUAAAAUUUCAAAAUCUACAGUGAUGUCAAAAUUUUAUGAGAGCAAUAGUUACCAAAUUUCCACUAAUAUGAUGGUAAUUAGCAUUUUGCAUAGAUUAGUCUUCAGACUUAUUAUUUUUAAUAUUAUUGGAUUGGAAUGGCUAAGGUUGAUUUACUUGCUUUUUCUUCAUCACGUUAUCUGCUUCAUAGCUAAAAUAAUUCUCUUUUAAAUUGACAUGGCUUGGUGCUCUUCCAUAGUUACAUAUAGUAAGUCUCAAAGGCUGAGGUUCCUGUCUUUUCGUUCUUCUCAUAAUGCUAUACUCUUCUUUAUCAUAAUGUGGAUAUAUUUCAGUUGUAUCUGGUAUUGUCCUAACACUCAUAAUUACCAUUUUAAUUAUGCCCAUUUUUAAAUAUAUUUGUUACAAUGCA